AUGGCUCCUUUGUCCACGGCGGUGGGCUCUAAAGCUGCCACUGCUGGCUUUACAUCGGUCAAUUCACACCGUAAUACCUUUAACGAUCCUGAAAUUAUUGAAAUCGAUGACGAUGACGACGAACCCAUGGAGGAUGACGAGGAAGGAGAUGAAGAAGAAGAAGGCGUCAAUGACGGUGAUGAAUACGAGGAUGAAAGCGUGGAAAAUGGCGACGAAGAGGACGAGUCGGAGGAAGAGUCCGCUGAAGAUAUGAAUGGCACCGAAUCGCCGUUGGAGCUCGUUCCUGCGCCAAAUGGCCGAGGUGCUUCAGACGUGUUCACACCUGGUUUGUUCACAUCGGCCGGCGCACAACAAGCGUUACAUCCCCUUCGCCGUACAGCGGACCGUGUGACGCGCCAGAUCGAAGCUUUUGCAGAGAGGUUGGAUCGCUUCAAGCAGAAAGGUCGCACCGACGACUUUGGAAAUUACCAAGCCGCGUAUCAAUUGGUGAAGAGCUACCAGGUUCUCGCGCAAGAUGCGAUCCAGGAUAUCUCGAAGCAGAACACCCUGAAACGCGCGAAAAUGGGCUGGAGCACAAGUCGAACCAACGGCGCCGCAUCGCAUGAUCCUAAGAUAGAGGAGGAGCUGCAACGGUUACAGCUCGAGGCAAAUACUUGGCAACUUCUUCUCAACCUCAUCAGCAUUGACGACCCCCCCAGCAGAGCCAGCUGCAAAAAAGCGCAAGAGACUGUCUUCCAGAAGCUCCAUCGGUAUUCAUCUGAUCGCGAAGUCUGGGAAAACUUCCUCAGCGCGGACCACUACGCGCUCGAAUGCGUGAUUAUCAUGAAGUGGCUGGAGCACACGGCGACGACUACGCCUCAGGAUAUUGAUUCGCUGAUCUCCGAGCUCGAAUCGCAGGCGGAGCGAGGACAGGGACACUGGACACAUGGCUGGCUCUACACGAAGGAGACCAUCAAGGGACAGAAGAGACUUCGUGCUUGGCCUCAGCCUCUUGAACCCAAGGAUCCUGGCAUUACAGCGUCCCUGUUGACUUCUGAUGUGUCGGAGCCAUUGAUUACGCAAUUAGAUCCGGAUGCGGUGACCCGGCAGAAGCAGCACCUUCAGAAGCAGGAUCAAUUCUACGAGCGCGCGACUUGGAUGACAUGCUGGAAGAUGUUGAGACAGGGAGAGAAUUGGACCAAGAUCCGGGAUUGGGCCGAGGAACGACUGGAAAAAUGGAAAGCUGUCAGUUUAUGUGGCUCCAGUGUUGAUCCCGAGUCAGGGGGUGAGCGGACGCCAGUUGAUGAUGGAAUGACGCGCAUGAUGAACUUUCGCUCCCAGGAGUCCUGGCGCGCGGCUUGCUCUGCUUUGGCGCGGAACCCCAACAUUGAGGACUUUGAACGGGCGGUCUAUGCGCUACUCUGUGGGGAGACCGAGGCCGCUUUCAAGGUCUGUCAGAGCUGGGAUGACUACCUCUAUGUCCACUUCAACAGUGUGGUCCUGUCACGCUAUCAAGGGUUCUGCAAACAGUUCCGGCGCAAGCUAAGCCACUCGCCUACUGCGCCGGUUACCUUCGUUCCUGAGCCCGUUGGAUACGGUGAUUUCAACAAGUUUGUGCAGUACACGAAGGGCAACGAACGCAUUGGGGUGGAGGCGCGCAACCCGUACCGCACGAUUCAAGCUGCGAUCCUAGGCAAAGGAUAUGACACAUUUUUCUACUCGCUAGCCAAAGCAGUCUCGCAAGUGGCGAAGACGGGCUCUGAAGAUUCAUUUGUGCCGGAUCUGUCACCAACCCAUGUGGACGACUCGCUGAUUAUUGCCGCUGAGGACGACGAUGCACUACGGAUCGCGACGCAUCUCUACAUCAUCGCCAGCUCCAUUGGCUACGUCCGUUCUGACACCCAAUUCUUUGAGACGGCAUCUGUGAAUGUCAUCGGUUACGUCGCAAAUCUCGAGUAUGCUGGCAUCUACGAGGCGAUACCACUCUACGCAUCCCUGCUGCCUGCUCAACAAACCCACUCCGUGCUCGGCCGGGUGCUGAUCGAGAUCCUUGACCCGAGAGAGCGGAAACAGCAAGUUCGAUUGAUCGAGAAAUACGAUAUAAAUAUCGAGGCCGUCUUGGAAGACCAGUGGAAUUGGAUCAGCAACACUGUCUCUGCAGUUGAGCACACGAGGACAGUGAAGCGAUAUCCCAAAGUUGUCCGCAGAGACGACGGAACCCGCGAGUUGGUACCAGUCAAGACAGACUUUAUCGGAACCGAGAUCUCUCGCUCAGACGAGCGGUUAAUCCGCAGUCUCGAAUGGCUCCGAAAAUUCUACUUGUCCGGCAAACUCGCUGCGGCACGAGAGUUGAGCCGACGUAUGAGGCUAUCCGACAUAUCGCGUGAAUCGUUUGGUUUCGACGUGGCGGAGUUUGGGUACGGUAUUCCAAACGGAAGUGACCGUGCGACUCCAGAGCCUAGUAGCCCGACGAAAUCGAGACUGCUCGGGUCUGCGCACAAGCGAAAUAGGUCAAUCCCCAACGGCGUCCCCUCGGAUGAUCAAACAAAUAUUCUUGUGAUGCAGUCGCAAACGAUGCGAGACUUGGAAGAGUUGACGCUGGCGUUUGACGGGUUGGAGCGAUUCGGCCUGUGCUGGAAGAAAAUUGACAAGAGCAAACGUAGACGGGACUCUGGCGCGAUUAAGGAUCUUCGAGAUGAGUUGCAAUAUACUCUGGAUGAGAUUAGCAUGCAUGUGGACGCGGUGCUGGACGAAUGGCUGACUGCACCCACAAACGAAGCGGAAGAGGCCGAGCUGGAGGAAAUCCGGGUCACCUACAUCCCCGAGCUGUUUCUAGACUAUCACAAUGCGCUGUACUUUUCCGCCCACGUACUCACCAGCGAGAUUCUGGUGCAGUGCAUGAACCUGGCGAUGCAAGUAUCCGAGAACGAAUACCUGACGCGCAGUUUUGUGUCGUCGCGCCGGAUGGCAGAACUGGUUGACGCGUUGGCGCUGUCGAGCAAGGCGAUGGUUCAGACCCGGGCCAAGCCUGGCAAGAGACUACUGGGAGGCGAGUCGCUGGGCAUCUGGACGGUGGAGGUGCCCGAGGAUGAGGAGCAUGAUUUUCUCCGUCAGGCGAAAUGA